AUGGAAAACCAACUCCUGUCCGACUCGGAUCCCCUGUCCAUGGCCAAUGGUAGCCCAGUGAGGGCCAGGAGCAAUUGGGUGGUGCAGAAAUUCGGAGGCACGAGUGUCGGAAAAUUCGCGCUCAACAUUAUUGAUCAAGUUGUAUUACCAAGCCUUUCAGAACACAACGUGGCCGUGGUCUGUUCUGCAAGAAGCAGUUCUACUAAAGCCGAGGGUACUACUAACCGUUUGCUACGAGCCGCGCGGGACGCAGAAAAUGCUCAAUCGCAAAAUUAUAUCUCUUUCGUCGACGCUGUCCGACUGGAACAUGUCCAGGUGGCUGAAGAGCAACUCAAGGACCCCGAAAUUAAAUCGAAAGUUAUCGGGGAUAUAAACGGCGAGUGCGAACGGGAUCUCAAGUUUUUAGAGGCUGCCCAGACGCUGGGGGAAAUCAGUCCUCGUUGUGUGGACAAGGUGAUCAGUACGGGAGAGAAACUGAGUUGCCGCCUUAUGGCAGCUUUUCUUCAAGAUCGGGGGGUCGACUCACAAUAUGUAGACCUUGCCGAUGUCAUUGACUUCCCUAUCGGAAGCCAGGGGCUCGAUCAACAAUUUUACAACAAGCUCGCUACCAUAUUCGGAAAGAAGAUCAGGGAUUGCGAAGGCAAAGUACCGGUGAUCACAGGGUUCUUUGGAACAGUUCCUGGAGGUCUCCUUGACCAGAUUGGUCGUGGUUAUACGGAUCUCUGCGCUGCUCUAGUUGCUGUUGGAACCCAGGCGAAAGAGUUGCAAGUGUGGAAGGAGGUCGAUGGCAUCUUCACCGCAGACCCUCGAAAAGUGCCUACCGCUCGCCUUCUGUCGGCGAUCACGCCUGCCGAAGCAGCUGAAUUGACAUUCUACGGCUCGGAAGUGAUCCACCCUUUCACCAUGGAGCAGGUUAUUCGCGCGAAGAUCCCCAUUCGCAUCAAGAACGUCAUGAACCCGAAAGGCAAUGGCACCGUUAUCUUCCCUGAUUCGCCCGCCGAACUCGAACGAACGACACCUGGACAUGACCCGCGACUGUUCCGUACACGAAGCCCUACUUUGAUGCAGCGCCCGAAGCGGCCAACUGCCGUGACCAUCAAGCAUAAGAUCCUUGUUAUUAACGUACAUUCGAACAAGCGAUCAUUGUCGCAUGGAUUCUUCGCUGGUAUCUUCUCUGUGCUUGACCGCUGGCGGCUCUCCAUCGACUUGAUUUCGACUAGCGAGGUCCACGUGUCGAUGGCUCUCCAUUCCGAGAUGCCGCUUUUGAAUGGAGUGGGGCGGGAUGAGUUUCAAAUCAUUGAUGAAGAUCUGAAAGGGGCGCUGGGUGACUUGCAGAAGUACGGAACGGUCGAUAUCAUCCCGGGAAUGGCAAUCCUCAGCCUUGUCGGGAAACAAAUGAAGAAUAUGAUCGGGGUUGCCGGGCGUAUGUUUACGACUCUUGGGGAUAAUAAUGUUAAUAUAGAGAUGAUCUCGCAAGGUGCAAGCGAGAUCAACAUCUCGUGUGUUAUUGAAGAGCGAGAUGCCGAUCGUGCUCUGAACAUCAUCCAUACGUCCAUGUUCACAUUCUUGGAAUAA